UCUCCUAAGACACCCUUCAUGACCUAUUAACGCAGUUUUUUAAGUGCCAUGUUCUGCGAUAAACCCAGGACUGGUCAGAAAAAUCCAGAUCCAUACUAGGCAGGCGUUUUUUACGUUAGGUGUUACAAAUUUGUGGAUUUGUAAAGUAGAUUGUUUUCAAUUCACAUUUCCAAACCUCUGCCUUCUAACAGUGUCUAAGGAGUUUUUUGAAUGGAGUUCAAGAGCACUUGGUAACAAGCACUCUAGGGUCCAUGUCUUUUCUGCGGUGGGUGUCGGAGAAACUGAGUGUUGAGAGCUUAAGGGAUUUGGAGUUAUUUGGAGAGCAGAGCAGCUCUCAAAGGAAAGCCAAUGAAGAGAGCACCGAGUCUUUAGCCUCUCUCCCACACCGGGAAGCCAUGGGGAGCUUUUUGCCAGACAACUCUUCCUAUGAACUGCUCACCAUCAUAGGCAAGUAUACAUUUUUGUCUUCCCCCAGGUAUAGCAUUUUACUUAUGUUUUUGAGCACAAUAACAUGCCAGAAAAAAAAACGGGAGAGAUGGAGCAUUUGCCCUGAUGUCAUCACAGGCUCUGCCAAGGACCUGAUCAGUACCCACUUCACAGAUGGCAUGAAUGAGCUGGCUAUCGCAUACAUUCUGCAGGGUAUUCUCAAAGCUCUGGACUAUAUCCACCACAUGGGAUACGUGCACAGGAGUGUGAAGGCCAGUCACGUGCUGAUCUCGGCCGACGGUCAGGUCUUCCUGUCUGGCCUGCGCAGUAUCUUCAGCCUGAUCCGCCACGGCCAGCGUGCACGCGUGGUGCACGACUUUCCCCAGUACAGUGUCAAAGUGCUGCCCUGGCUGAGCCCGGAGGUCCUGCAACAGAAUUUGCAGGGUUACGAUGCUCGUUCUGAUAUAUACAGUCUUGGGAUCACUGCCUGUGAGCUGGCCAAUGGACAUGUGCCCUUUAAGGAUAUGCCUGCAACUCAGAUGCUCUUGGAGAAGCUGAAUGGCACAGUGCCCUGCCUCUUGGACACCAGCACCAUCCCUCCGGAGGAACUCACCAUGAAGCCGUCCAGGUCGGGGGCCGACUCGGGCAUCUGCGAGGGCACAGGGGCCUGCAGCACCCGCCACGCUAACGGGGAACCCAGCCAGCACCCCUACAAUCGCACCUUCAGCAGCCACUUCCAUGCCUUUGUGGAGCUGUGUCUGCAGAGGAAUCCAGAGAGGAGACCAUCUGCCAGCACCCUUCUCAGCCAUUCCUUUUUCAAGCAGAUAAAACGGCGGGCCUCAGACGCCCUGCCCGAGCUCUUGAGACCUGUGGCUCCCAUCACCAACUUUGAGUGUGCCCAGCCUCCUGAUUCCCCUACAGUCAUGGCCAGUCUGGAGUCCAGCUUGAGCCACCUGGAGGUCGACGACUGGGAUUUCUGACAAACAGUGGGGGCAACAGGGCAUCUUAGAGUAGCUGUAGUGAAGACAUUUUUCAGUGCUCUCAGUCAAAUACUCGCUCCACGGUUACCGCUCAAGUGAACUAAGAAUUGGUCAGAGCUUUUCGUGUCUUUUGCUUCAUGCCGUGAUGGCUACGGGCUCUUUGGAACACGUGUUUCUCCAU